AUGUCAAAAGAUCUUGGCCCCUAUCCUAAGUCUUUGACUUACUACCAGUACACUGAGAGCCCUGCUUCGGAACACUACGAAUAUUUCCAUGUGAAGAACGGAAGUCCAUCUAGUCCUUCCACGGAAUGUCUUUGUCGAGUUAAACGUCAGCCUCGUUCUUGCAAGCGCUCUCGCCGAUCUUGUGAUGAGAGAAGUUGCAGGUCUUAA